AUGAGGCUGGAGCUUCUGCAGGGGCAUCUGGCCAUCCGGGGCCUGCAGCUGCAGGCCUCAGUGGAGCUGCACCAGUUCUGCCACCUGAGCAACAUGGAGCUCUCUUGGGUAGCCGAGCACAUGCCCCAUGGCAGCCCUAUCAGCUAUACCGAGUGCUUGAAUGGUGCCCAGAGCCUUCACCGCAAGCACAAGGAGCUCCAGGUGGAGGUAAAAGCUCACCAGGGGCAGGUGCAAUGGGUGCUGAGUUCUGGGCAGAGCCUAGCAGCCUCAGGGCACCCCCAAGCCCAACACAUCGUGGAGCAGUGCCAGGAGCUGGAAGGCCACUGGGCAGAGCUGGAGAGGGCAUGUGAAGCGCGGGCCCAGUGUCUGCAGCAGGCUGUCACUUUCCAGCAGUACUUUCUGGAUGUGUCAGAGCUGGAGGGCUGGGUGGAGGAGAAGCGGCCGCUGGUGAGCAGUCGGGACUAUGGCAGAGACGAGGCAGCCACCCUCAGGCUCAUUAACAAGCACCAGGCUCUACAGGAGGAACUAGCCAUUUACUGGAGCUCCAUGGAGGAGCUUGACCAGACGGCCCAAACCCUCACUGGCCCCGAAGUCCCUGAGCAGCCGCGUGUGGUGUGGGAGAGGCUCCGGGAGCAGCUGCGGGCACUGCAGGAGUUGGCGGCCACACGGGACCGGGAACUGGAGGGGACCCUGAGGCUGCACGAGUUCCUGAGGGAGGCCGAGGACCUGCAGGGCUGGCUGGCAAGCCAGAAGCAGGCAGCCAAAGGAGGGGAGAGCCUGGGGGAGGACCCCGAGCACGCCCUGGUGAGAAGAGGGCCAGGGUCAAGGAGGGUGCCCUGGGGAAGAGCCUAUGGGGUGGGGAAGCUGGCUCUGGCGGGGCGGAGGAAGAAGGUGGCAGCAGAGCGGUGAGCCCUGGCUGAGGUGGGGCCUCCUGAGUGGAGCGGGCAGACGCCGUGGCUGUCCAACCCCACAUCACCCAGU